AUGUUGCUCAAGCCAGCAACACCCCUCACCGUCCUGCUCCUAGCUGCCUUUGUCCUCCUGCUUCUGGCGACCCUGUCCACGCCAAUUAUCAAGGGAAUCCCGCUGGCGACAUUUCAAAAUGUCGACUUUGGCGUCUUCGGCUACUGCAGGCAGUCCCAAUGUAGCAGUCUGCGGGUGGGAUAUAACACCAAUGGGAUCCUGGACACCAGCGAUCCCGAUCUCAAUUUUACGACCACUGCCCGCAAUUCUCUCUCCUCCAUUCUGAUUGUGCACCCGGUGGCUGCAUUCCUCACCCUGGUCUGCUUGAUCAUGGCAGCUGCCGCCCACUUUCGCUCGCCAUCCCACUCCCCUCGAUACCUUCUUGCUUUGCUCAUUCUUCUCCUCCCGACGGUUCUCGUCUCGCUGCUGGCCUUCCUUGUGGAUAUCCUUCUGUUUGUCCCGCGCUUGCAGUGGGGAGGAUGGAUCGUUCUGGCGGCUACCAUUAUUCUGGUUUCCUGCGGGGUGGUUACUUGUGCCAUGCGUCGCACUCUGGUGAGCCGGAAAGCACGAAAGAGACGUAUUGCCGAGAAUGCGGAGAUGAGCGGUGAGAAUUUCUACAAUCGACAAAAUGCACAAGCGGCGGCGGCGGCGGCGGCGACGGCGACGGCGUAUCCAAAGGCUGAAACGCCGCCUCCCUUGAAUAUUGAGCCGAAGAUGCCCUUUUCCACAACUGCGGCUUCGCAAUCAGCUUCCACAUUUGCUACCUUCGAGGCGUCCUCGCGCGGUCAGGAAGAAGACCAAGUGCCUUUGAAUUCAAGGCCACCUCCCAACAAUGGUCCGCGGAUGCCAAACGAUGGACUCAAUCGAUAUGGAUCUCGAGAUGAAUACGGCAAUCCUCCCCCUCCGUCUGGGCCGUAUGGUCCGGAUGGAGGUGUGACGCGCGCUCCUUCAGAUCCAAGAUUGCGAAAUCAGUACUCUGAUGGCAACAUGGCUCCUCGAAGAGGCGGACCGCAAGGUUUCGGCCCUCCACGAGGUAGAGGUGGCUAUCCAAUGCGAGGAGGCUAUGGACGCGGUGGGCCAUAUGGUGGUCGUCCAAGAGGUCCUCCACCAAAUGGCAGAGGUGGCCCGAUGGGUCCGAUGCGUGGCGGUCCUCCUGGGAUGAUGAUGGGACGAGGUCGAGGUCCUCCUCCGGGGUACCCUCCCAGGCGAGAUGGCCCUCCGGGAGGAUACGAUCCUUACGGACCACCGGGCCCCGGCCGUCGUCCUCCACCACCCAAUGCUCCAGGAUAUGGCCCUGACCCUGGCGAUUAUGGAUACGGACCUCGUGGCCCGCUACCUGGUGGCCCCAUGCGUCGUCCUUCUCCCGGCCCGAUGCCGUUGGAUGCUCCGCAGGACGACGGAGCCCAACCUGGCCAAUCCAUUGAGAUGACACCUCAACCUGGUGAUCCCAGUUUCCACCCCGCCGAUGUCAAUUCUCAGGAGGUACGAGAUUCGCAUCGUGACUCCAUUCGGAGCCCCAGCAGUGUGUACAGCAAUGAACCAUAUGUGCCACCUCGUGCUGCCUGGGGUGACAUGGAACGUCCCGGAGGCUCGCAGGCGCCGAUCGAGGAGCCCGCGAUGAGUCGUUCGCCGCCCCGGGCACGCCCCAAGUCUGGAAGUGAUUAUUAUGAGGAUGUCGAUCCGAGGUUUGCAGAGCCAGAGCCCCCGCCAGCUGCGCCUAGCAGCAACGCGGUACCCCCUGCUCUUGUUCCGGGACCUGCUGGUGAGAUUCCACCACCGAACAUCCCUGAUGAGAAUAUCGCCGAUGGGCGUCGCUCACCCGCUCCUAGCGAAACCAGUCACUUUACCUCCAUAUCGGAACGGCCCAUAAAUCCACUCUGGCAACCACCCCCAGCGCGACGGGCACCAGAACAGGACGUGCUGCUGGGCAACAACCCCGACUUUGAGUUGCCAGUUGGUCGGGGCCGGGGACGUGAUGCACGCGGCGGACGCGGUGGGCGAAUGAUGCCGUCCGUCCCCGAGCUCCGAGGGAGUGGACGAUAUCCUGUACCAUAG